AAAAUACAUACUCAGUGAGUUUUUGUCUCCCGGUCAAUAGAUUUGAGUAGCUCAGUUUCAAAAAUGUCCCAGGUUCCUCUUGUUAUAGAAGAAUACGCCAGGAGGCUUAUUUAUUUCUCAGUAGUGGCUUUCUUUUUUUCAGCAGCUAUUCUAAUAUCAAUAAUUGUUGAUUUAAUUAAAAAGCUAUUUUUGAAAAAUAAAGUCCUACCCCACGGUAGAGCUGUCUUCGUUACAGGUUGCGAUACAGGAUUCGGAAAUGCACUUGCCAAACGUCUAGAUUCGAAGGGAUUUCACGUAUUCGCAACAUGUUUAUUCCCCACCGGUCCUGGGGCUACAGAACUGAAAGCAAGUUGCUCUAAUCGUCUGCAUGUGUUGUACAUGGAUGUUACAAAAGACGAGAGCGUGGAAAAAGCUUUGGAAUACGUGAAAGCAAGUAUUGGGACAUCCGUUUUGUGGGCCAUUGUCAAUAAUGCCGGAAUCCUGAAAGCGUUUUCAGUGGAGUUGUCAUCAAUAGAAGAUUUCAAAGACUGUCUGGAUGUCAAUCUCCUGGGUUACAUGAGAGUGAUCAAAGCAUUUCUUCCUCUAUUGAAACAGACGAAGGGUAGGAUAGUGAACGUUACAAGUGGAGCUGGGGAAAUUGCUCUUCCAUAUUUCACACCUUACACAACAAGCAAAUUCGCUUCAAUUGGCUUUACUGACUGUUUGAGACUUGAACUUGUUGCUUCGGGAAUUUCCGUAGUUUCCAUUGAGCCAGAGUUGUUUGCCACUGGAUUAUUAUCUGAAGAGAACCUUCGCAAGAAUUUGGAUGCCAAAAUGAAAAGAUUGGGGGCCACAUUUAAGGAGCAUUAUGACGACGAUUUUGCCGCAUCAUUUAGAGACUUAGAACGUGCGUUCCUUUCCUUCGCAUGUCCGAAGAUCAGCUAUGUGAUCGAUGAUUUGGAGUCAGCGGUCAGUCUGGUACAUCCUCAUCAUACCUACAAACCCAGGAGACAUUUGCUAUCCCGUUUCUUCUGUUUUUACUACAAAGUGAUGCCAAAGAGUUGCCAGAUUAUGUUGAUGAAAUUAGUAAAUUUUAUUUUUUUCUCAAAAUUUGAAGCAAUCGUGAAUCUGAAGAAUAUCAUGAUGAAAGCAAUACCUUUGCUUUGAACAUUCAUAUACAAUAAAAUAUUCAUAUAUAAUAA